UGUACCUAAUGUAAGUCAGACCGAAUCAAUUAAUGCCGAUGGGAAACGUCAUCCCUGUCGCGCAGCCUAUUUCCUACCUACAUGUAAUUGUGCAAUGGCGUUUAGUGGGGCGUGGAGCCCUGCCAUCUUCAUACUUGUAUGUAUUCCUCAUUAAGACGGCGCAACCGCCAUCUUCAACUUCUUAUCUUUUAAUAGACGCAUAUUCGCUGAUUUGAUAUUUGUAAAAAAUACCAACGCGUCGCAAUUCCAAUAAUUCCCGCAUAGCGUUCUAAUUACCAUCUCUACCUGUCAUUUAUUCACUCUCACUCCCUUCGUCUAUUCGCAUACCAAUCUCGUCGCUGGUGACGUCGUCUCAUCUCAUCCCACGUAUCCUCCAUUCCAACCAGCAAUUCCCCGAACUGCAAAUCACUAUUAUUACCUUCAAUACAUACGAGUCACUUUACUGCGCUCAUAGUCACCUCCCAUAUAUAACUAAAUAGGUAUUAAUCUAAUCACAUUGAUUAUCAAUACCUAUAAGUUACACGCAGUGACCAUUGCGCUUCAGAACCGCGCGAAUAGAAUCGCGAGUUAGUAUGGCAUCAGUAACAUCCUUGGACAAGGACUUGCGAAAAUUGCGCCUCGAAAAAUAUACGCCAGCUGCCGCGAACGAGGCACAGUCGUGGAUUGAGGGUGUAUUAGGUAGCAGACUUCCAUCCAACGAUCUUCUUGACGGACUUAAGGAUGGCGUUGCUCUAUGCAAACUCAUUAAUCUGGCUGUCGGUCCUCCUGGUGUUAAAUUCAAACAAUCCGCUAUGCCAUUCAUCCAGAUGGAGAACAUCUCUCAUUUCCUUCGCGCCUGCCAAUCGCCACCCCUGAAUUUACAAGAUCACGACGUGUUUCUUACCGUCGAUUUAUACGAGCGGAAAGAUCCUGCCCAAGUUCUCCAGUGCCUCGGCGCUUUCUCUCGAGCCGCGCAUUUCCUUAACCCCUCUACAUUCCUCUCUCCUAUUGGAUCAAAGGCGAAGGUGUCCGCCACCAUGAGCCCGCAGAGCACGGGUCCAACGACCCCGCGUAAUAGGAAAUUGUCCAACGUCAGCAACAACUCAUCUACGUACGGUUCACGGUCCGGUAUAACCCCUAUGAAAACUGGAGACUCGGGUUCGGGACGCUGGAGUCCUACCAAGAGUCCACCGCCAUCGACCGAACGUAUAGGAUCGCCGUCUGUAUCUAGUUGGAGCAAAAGAGACCUCGAAGGAGUUACAAGCCCCGCAUGGAACAUUGCACAGUACGGCUAUAUGGGCGGCGCAAGUCAGGGCAACCUAGGUAUAUCCUUCGGAGGGCGGCGGCAGAUUACCAGCGCCAGUCCUCUUGUCCCGAACUUGGCCGAUAAGGAGCGCAAGCGCAAAGAGCAGGAGGCCGAGGCCGAGGCCGAACGACAGAGGUUGCAGGCAGAUGACGAGGAACGUAUUCGUAAGGCUGAGCUAGAAGCUGAAGAGGAACGGGCGCGGUUAGUAGAGGAGCAUAGAUGGGAGGAAGAGACAAGACGGCUGCGCGCCGAAGAAAAGCGCAAGGCGGAAGAAGAGAAACGUCGGUGGGAAGAGGAAGAGCGCCAAUGGAAACUAACAGAGGAGAAGCGAAGGAGGGAAGAAGAAGAAGCCGAAGCAAAAUUAGCCGAAGAGCGCCGUCGUGCGAAGGGUCAAAACGAUAGCCGAUUACAAGGGCAAUUUCUUAGUCAAUACCAGGCCGAACACGAUAUCACGCCGCAAAAGAGUGGCGGGGGCGGGUAUAGCGAUCGCAUCAAACAGUUAGAACAAGAACUAGAGUUGGCAAGGAAACGAGAGAUGGAAUAUGAGGAAGAGCGACAAAAGCGGUCACAGAAUCGAGCACGAUCUCGUAGCCGGCCAAAAAAGGUAGAAUGUAGGCCACCCAGUCGCCAAGACUCAUGGCGACCUAAAGACGAGCGCGAGUUCCUCAGUACACAGUGGAAUCGGCGUCAGCAAGAGCAGCGAGAGCGAGAGCAACAGCAAGAACAACAGCACGACAUGGCUCCCCCGCCUCCGCCGCGUCCGCUCCCCGUACCUGGAUUGGCUGCACCAAUAAAGACCAAUCGCACAGGAGAGAAACCACCUGUUCCCAUAAAACCUCAAAGAACUGGAGAGGGUAGGCCCCUUCCCAUUCCGGACCGGAUUAAGAACCAGGCAACCGGUAGCUCGAGCCCAAAUCCGUUAGCACGGCCCCUUCCUGUCCCAUCCCCGAAUUCCAACGGUAAUCGUACGGAUCGCUUCCUCGCCUCCAAUCCGGCGCCUGUUCCGGCUCCUCCGCAGCAAACUUACUCUCGUGAGCUCGACGCCACAGCAGAACGUGAUGCGGAGGAUAGACGACGGGCCGAAUCACAAGCUAAGACGAAGGCAGGCGGCUGGGCAGGCAAGUCGUUACUAGAGCGCGAGAUGGAGAUGGAAAGGCAAAGGCAGCGCGAAUGGGAAGAGUCGCAGCAGGAGACGGCUAAGGCGGUUAGAGCAGGCGAUGGUGUAGAUGGUAUUGGCGGCGGAGUUGGUGGCCGGUGGGACGUUAGUCAGUGGAGCGGAUAUACUGGCGGCGACAGCCAAAACAAUGGAUCCGCGGGUAUCGGAGCUGGAAGGAGGCAAAUCGUUGGGCCUAGGCCGUUACCAAACAGACCCGGGCCAUGAACAACUCCCCCGAUAGAAUCGUGAGGAAUUAGUUACCUAUCUGUUCCCAGUAGUGUACCUUUAAGGUCAUUCAAGGAAUAGAGACCCAAUAACGACAUUACGCAAUAUAUUUCAUCAAGUUUGACAUUAGAAUGUUGUCGGCUUCUCAUUUGAGGACGAUUAUGUAGAGUGGGGAAGUUAUGGGUUCGAGUUAUAUUCAAGUCAGCCUUGGCUUGACGUGAAAUAUAAAAGAAAUUGUGGAAGCAGUAAGCAUGCCUCUCUACCUUCGUGUAGAUUUAUUAUAGCGGUAGGAGUAUAUGUCGAGUUACAGGUUUAAUAGAUCCUUCAUCACAUAGGUAGGUACUUAACGUUUUGCACCUGAAUCUGUUCGAACCCACAUUGCGAGAACAGCCAUUUCGCUCUUUUCACUUAGGUAUAAUCCGAGGGUAAGUAAAAAGGAUUUGGUUUUCGCGAUGGAGUUCCAGAGAUAGGCACUAUCCGCGUCGUAUGAGGAAGUAUGGUUAUGGCGUCUAAUAGAUGAUAGACCAUAUAAUUGCUGUAGG